AUGGAGAGCCAGCUGGAUUCGCAGUGCUUCCAGAACGGGGACUUGCAUCCCCGCCGCCUCAAGGACUUGGGCGAGCCGCCCAGCGGCGAACUGCGGAAGCCCGCGAAGCAUCACCCUCCCUUGGCCAAGUGCAACCGCGAGCGAGAAGGCCGCGACGAAGACGAGGAGGAAUUGCCGGCUCUGGAGGCUGCCUACGCGGCCAUCCUGCAAGGCCUGGGCGAGAACCCGGAGAGGCAAGGGCUGCAGCUGACGCCCCGCAGGGCCGCCAAGGCCAUGCAGUUCCUCACCAGAGGCUAUCGCCAGACCGUCGCAGAUAUACUCAAUGAUGCAGUUUUUGAUGAGGACCAUGAUGAGAUGGUGAUCGUGAAGGACAUUGAUAUGUUCUCCCUUUGUGAACAUCACUUGGUGCCUUUCUUUGGCAAGGUGCACAUUGGAUACUUACCAAGGAAGAAGGUGGUUGGCUUAAGCAAACUUGCAAGAAUUGUUGAGAUAUUUAGCCGAAGGCUUCAAGUCCAGGAACGACUUACCAAACAGAUUGCUCUGGCAAUUACUGAAGCACUGAAACCUGUUGGAGUGGCUGUGGUCAUAGAAGCAUCGCACAUGUGCAUGGUCAUGAGGGGCGUUCAGAAAAUGAACAGCAAAACUGUCACCAGUGCCAUGUUUGGAGUCUUACGAGAAGAUCCCAAAACCAGGGAGGAAUUUCUCGCCUUGAUUAAGAAUUAA